UGUCACAUACCCUGGUGAGUCUGGGGUGUGCUGAUGCUGGAGGUGAGACUGCAGUGGGAUGCUGUACCUGACAUCAAAUUUUACAGGGCAUUCCAAAUUUGUGGGUGUCCAAAGGCAAGUGAAAUGAAUCCUACCCAAGGGACUGUUUUUGAAAACUCAGCAUCCUUCUUUGCACAGCAUUGUAAAAUUAAUAUAAACCAGAAGAGUAGAGACACGGCUGGCUUAACUCAACUUCAGCUUAUGUGAUCAAAGCAGUGCCUUAAUCUAUUCCCAGUGCAUACAAUCUGAGAUCUCUUGCAACAAAGCAAGCUGCUUCUGAAGCAAUUGCUUUCAAAAACCUCCAUUAAAAAUUCACUGCUAAUUUCAUAUAAUCAACAGAGAUUGGAGGAACAGGUGCAAGAUCCACUGGGAUCACUAGCAGUCUAUUUUUAUCUUGAAUCAAUCAUUCCAAAGUCAAAUCUUUGGUGUAGGCUGGUUGAGAGAAUACUUAAGUAGAAAAGUAGCAAAGAGAGGUUUACAUUUUUGGUUAGAGAUUUUUGCAGCCUAGCAAGUAAACAACUGAAAAACACUAUUUUGGUUUGAUCUGCUAAUUGCAGUUUUCAGCCCUGUGCAAUUAGGUGACUGGAAGAGCAGUAAGGCCAGGGCAGAUUUCUACACACAACUAUUGCUAGGAAAGACAUUGCUAGUGUAGAACUAAAUAAUUGGGGUGGAAGAUAAUGAAUACAUGCUAUAUACAACAUACAAUAUAUACUAUACAUCUUCUAUGAGCAUUAGGCAUCUGCAUCUCUGUAGGGUGUGUAUGUGGUUUUUACAUAGGUAUAUCCUGGUUUAUUUGGACAUAUGUCUACAUGUACAAUCAGAUUCACACUCAGAGUGUCAGUACCUCAGUACUUGUUGCCUUUUAAAAACCAUUACAGAUGGCACAGCCUCUAGGAUGGAGUUUGACAGUAACAAGUGUGUGGUUGGCUUGAUGGUGCUUGAUAAAAUCAUGGGAAUGGAGGAGAGUAAGGUGCUUAGGCAACGCUUAAGUUAAUCUCAUGCCUUCCCAUCAAGCCAAGCAGUGCACUGAGGAGCUGCUCACAACAGAGGAAGGAAAAGAUGGAGUACAAGAUGGGGCGCGUCCUGCUGUCUCUUCUUUUCUGGUACAAAGCUGUGAUGGCCCUCUCCCCAGGAGAGGAUGAGAGACUGGAGCUGUGGCACAGCAAGGCUUGCAAAUGCGAUUGCCAGGGAGGCCCUAACUCGGUGUGGUCCAGCGGGACUAAUGGCUUAGAGUGCAUGCCAGAGUGUCCCUACCACAAGCCCCUGGGCUUUGAGUCUGGUGCUGUCACGCCAGACCAGAUCAGCUGCUCCAACCCUGAGCAGUACACGGGCUGGUACUCCUCCUGGACAGCCAACAAGGCCCGUCUCAACGGCCAAGGCUUCGGGUGUGCGUGGCUCUCCAAGUACCAGGACACUGCACAGUGGCUGCAGAUCGACCUGAAGGAGGUGAAGGUGAUUUCGGGGAUCCUCACACAAGGGCGCUGUGACGCUGACGAGUGGAUGACCAAGUACAGCGUGCAGUACCGCACCGACGAAAACCUCAACUGGGUGUACUACAAGGACCAGACCGGCAACAACCGGGUUUUCUAUGGCAACUCCGACCGCUCGUCCUCGGUGCAGAACCUGCUGCGGCCGCCCAUCGUGGCGCGCUUCAUCCGCCUGAUCCCGCUGGGCUGGCACGUGCGCAUCGCCAUCCGCAUGGAGCUCCUCGAGUGCCUGGGCAAGUGCGGCUGAGCACCGUGCCCGCAGGGCUCGUGGGUGUCUGCCUGCCCCGCCGCCUCUCCCGCGAGGGAAGGCCUGCGAGGGAAGGGCUGUCUUGAA